UUACAGAAUCACCCCAGUGACACGUUGCCAAAUUCACCAGAAUGAAGGUUUGAGUCUUCCGGGUGGUGAUCUCUGAAAUUGCUCAGUGAGCACCCCUAAUUUUGCUGAUUUAUUGCUGAUAAUCACUCACAAUGGAAACCAAUCAAAAAUGUGGGGAUGGACUGACUGGCACGCAGAAAGAGGCUGCAUUGCGCGCUCUCAUCCAGCGCACAGGAUAUCAGUUACACCAGGAGAAUGGUCAAAGGAGGUACGGUGGCCCACCACCUGGCUGGGAAGGCCCUCCCCCAGAAAGAGGAAGUGAGAUCUUCGUGGGGAAGCUGCCUCGUGACCUCUUUGAAGAUGAACUGGUGCCACUCUGUGAAAAAUUUGGGAAAAUCUAUGAAGUACGGAUGAUGAUGGAUUUUAAUGGAAACAAUCGAGGCUAUGCAUUUGUUACCUUUUCCAACAAACAAGAGGCCAAGAAUGCCAUGAAACAACUUAAUAACUAUGAAAUCAGGAAUGGGAGACUCCUGGGCGUAUGUGCAAGUGUGGACAACUGCCGCUUGUUUGUCGGGGGCAUCCCCAAAACAAAGAAGAGAGAGGAGAUCUUGGCAGAGAUGAAAAAGGUGACAGAUGGUGUUGUGGACGUCAUUGUAUACCCAAGCGCAGCGGACAAGUCCAAGAACAGAGGUUUUGCCUUCGUCGAGUAUGAAAGUCAUCGUGCAGCUGCCAUGGCCAGACGAAAACUACUGCCAGGAAGGAUUCAGCUUUGGGGCCAUGCCAUUGCCGUGGACUGGGCUGAGCCAGAGGUAGAGGUGGAUGAGGACACCAUGGCGACAGUGAAAAUCCUCUACGUGAGGAACCUCAUGCUAGCCACUACAGAGGAGACCAUUGAAAAAGAGUUUAACAGUAUCAAAGCAGGGGCUGUUGAAAGAGUGAAGAAAAUCAGAGACUACGCUUUUGUUCAUUUUUCGAAGAGGGAAGAUGCCAUCAAUGCUAUGAAUGCACUGAAUGGGAAGGUACUAGAUGGCUCUCCUAUUGAGGUGACACUGGCUAAGCCUGUGGAUAAAGACAGUUAUGUGCGUUAUACCAGAGGCACAGGGGGUCGGGGAGGGGCACUGCUACAAGGCGAAUAUGCCUAUACACUGGGACAGAUGUAUGAUCCCUCUGCUGCUUAUCUGGGUGCCCCAGUCUUUUAUGCCCCUCAUGCCUACACUGCUAUUCCUAAUCACUUUCGUUUUCCAACUGCCAAGGGGCACGUGGGCACACGAGGCCUGGUUCGCUCGCCCUCUGUCAGAGAAAUUUACAUGAAUGUACCUGUAGGGGCGGCGGGAGUGCGUGGUCUCGGGGGACGGGGAUACCUCGCAUAUGCAGGGGUAGGCCGCGGCUGCGCUGGUUACCAGUUAAAGGCCGACAAGCGACCCGAUGAAAAACUCUAUGACCUCUUGCCAGGCAUGGAGCUAACACCCAUGAACCCUGUUACCCUAAAACCCCAGGGCAUCAAACAGGCAACUCAGAUAUUAGAAGACAUCUGUCAGAAGAAUAACUGGGGACAACCAGUAUACCAAUUACACUCUGCCAUCGGACCAGAUCAGAGGCAACUUUUCCUCUACAAAGUUACUAUCCCUGCUCUGGCCACACAGUACCCCAAUGUGCAUCCAUUUACACCUGCCAAAUUGUGUACAGCAAUGGAUGAAGCAAAAAUACAUGCUGCAGAACAUACUCUGCAGACCCUUGGUCUACAGACAGAGGGCGCUGAUGCGUCUGCUGCUGCUGCUGCCGCCGCUGUCGCCGCUGCUGCUGCUGCUUUCCCAGGUUAUACAAUAGCCAACCCUGCUGCCACUGUGGCUGCCUCCCAGCUCAAACAGACUGUCUCCCUGGGCCAAGACAUGACUGCCUACGCUACGUACGAGGGCUACCCAGCGUUCGCCGUGGCAACCCGCGGAGAUGGUUAUGGAGUAUUCUGAAGCCUCACAAAAACCAAAUAACCGUCAGCCAUAGCCUCUGUGAUUUCUAUUUCUUAACUAUGUGUAUUGUUUUUUAACAUUGCUUUUAGUCAUUAAUUUAGUUGCUUAGUUAUAUAUUCUUAAUGUUAGCUGAUGGUCUAAAUACAUUUAGGUUAACCAUAAAAUACCACAGAGCUUUUGUCAUCCUUUGACUUCACUCAGAAACUGAAUGGUCUGAGGGCUGUUUACAGUGUAAUAUCCACCUUAAUUUUUUAUAGAGAAUGUUUCUUCAUUAAUCUACUGUUAUUCAUUUUGUUUUGAUGGUGACUGUAAUCUGUAACGUGGCUAAAAACUUCCGAUCCGGAAUCACUUGGAACUGUUCCAGAGAUGCAUUCAUGAAUUCCUUUAUAAAACCAAAUGGAGAAACUUCAGAUAUUUGAAAUGUAACCUUUAAUAUGAAUUAUCCCCUGUUAGAUUUCGGCAUUGCAUUAAUUACACUACUUUGUACUAUAGGUGUAUACUAUACAGUCAGAGUAAUUGCUGCCCUGGAAAUAAGGAUGACAUAAAACAGAUGUCUUAUAAUCAAGAAUAUUUCCAUGCACUCUGUGAUAUAGCCAUACUCUAUAUAGAGUGUGAAAUUCUGACAGUCGUGGUUUAUCUGAGUUGAUUGGAUGACCUCAGCUUUAAUAUUGAGAUGUAUGUAAGUGACUUUAUUUUCUGCUAUUUCAUCUCAGUAUUUAACUCAGCCACAAAAAAGAAUUUAGCUGACAUUUCAGACUUAUUUGGACUAUAUAUAUAAGUCUGUUUAUUUCAUUAUGUAUAUCUAGAUUUUUAACUUGUAAGUCUUUGCAGGGGUAGUUUUUCCAGUCUUAAUGCCUGACUUCAGGAUUUUGUUUUUUUUUUUUAAAUCCCUCUUCACCUGAGGAUCAACAGUUGACUGUGAGAAGAUUCUCAAACACACAUGGACACAUUUUUGUUAAGUGGUAAAUACCUAAACAGUGACAGUAUUAAAGUGUGUGUAGCACUUAGAACUUAUUUUUUUAUACCAAAAUUCCAACACUAUUUGUAUGAAGUUGUUUUUGGAUAUUUGAAUAUUUCACAGAAUCUGUGUCUCAAUCUGUGAUUGGCAGAAGAACCUCAGUGAGAAUCACAAAAAGGGGGAUGGGGCACCACUUCGCAUUUCAGAGAAUGUGGAAACAUCGUCAUACUGCAAAAAUGUGUGGUAGUGAUUAGAUAAUUGUGAUGUACCAUCUGACAUCAAUAAAUCAAGUUCAAUUCUGUGCCUUA